GGUAUUAUGUACAAAUCAUGGCCUAGAAACAAUACCGCAUUAAUUGGUCACUCGGUAAUUCGAACAUCGUGUACGUUUCGCGUGAGAGGACGAACAAGAGUCGAAUGACUUUGAGCAUCGGUCCUUGGUCUUGGUCUGCGGAUUGGAUUUGGAUUCUCCUGCAGAGCUCGCGAGUCGCAUGUGCGUCGCAUCGUUCGUCAGUCUCGAGUUUGUAUUUCGCUUUUUUAAACGAUCCGAUGAUCGUUGUAAAUAAUUUUUAAUGAAAUGUAACCAUGUUCGCGUUAUUUUUCACCAAACAGCGUUCUUCUAUCGUUGAUUACCUGACGCGUAUUUUAUUCACGAUACCGGCGCGAUUCCCUAUUUGAUAACGUGGUCGGUAAAUUAGUGAAAAUUUUCAUUUUUAUACCCGUUGCAAAAAUCGUAAAUUUUAAACACGUUCUAGUGAGUGUAUUGAAAUAUUGUUCGCGAGUUCGAAUUCUAACGAAUCAAAGUUACGAUGAAUUUCAUUUUACGUAUUUUCUGCAUCUCAUCUCUGCUCAUCCAUCAGAUUCAAAAUGUCUCACCAGAAUCCACACCCGAAACCACCGACAACAGCAAUACCACAGCAUCGACAUCUCCACUUCAGUCCAGUUUAUCGCAAAAAUUACUCGAUUACUCGCACUCGACUCAAGUACCCGACUCGGUGAACCCUUCAUUGGCGGCCAACGAUUACGGCGAGUUUCAAUUAAUCCAAUCCAACGUGUUGCAAAUCAAAAGCAAUAUACCACGAACCCGAAGAAACUUCGAAGACCCCGGACAAAAUUCCACCAUGAUGUUGCUACCAUUAUCUCAAAACACGACCGAUUUAGCCGAAGAAACACGUUCGAGGAAUGAUAAAAAAUACAAACACGGUGACAAAAAUAAGAAAAAAAAGAAGAAGAAGAAGGGGGGUUUGCACUCGUUGCUGAAAAAGAUGAAAAAAGGGAUACCUAAAUUUAUGAAGAAAAUGAUGCCUCAUAUGAAAAUGCCCAGUAUGUUUAUGUUGGGUAUGGCUCAAGCCAAUUUGCAUAAUUUCGUGAUGCAUGCUUUGAUGAUGAGUAAAAUGGCUCUUGGAUCGGUUAUCAUGAUGAUAAUCAGAGAGCUGGUGUUUGGAGAUAAAGAUCAGCCGGUCAAAUAUUAUAAUUUCGGAUACGACCACGCGCCACCUAGAAGACGUAUUAUUACCACUAUUGAACAUCCAGUGUGGAAGAAGAGAAGGAGACGUCAUACGUGAUUGGAUUUGGUGCCUUGAUACCCUUAUAAAUGAGGGUAUGUGGGGUUGAAGAUGGAAUUAUUUUUCAAUUCUAUCGAUUAACAACUCGACUGAUGAAAAUAUGCUCGAAUUCGGUUUUAUAGCCCAGCAUCAUUUUCCAUCUUGGUUACCUCCGUCUUAGACGUCGUUGAUCCACCGAGACAAUUCGAGCAUAAUUUUUUCUGACGUCUUUCGAGUAUUCAUGAGGCGAAGAUUGGGACCAGAUCAUCGUAUUUCUGCUCCAACUUCGUGUCAAAAUACACUCGAAAAAUGUAACGAAAACUUUCACAUAAUUUAUUACUAAAUAAUUUAUUUUUCUCGCAGUAAUCAAAAUUUUUCUACGGUAAUUCUAAGUUUUCGUAUUUAAAAUUAAAUACCUACUUACCCUAAGUAGGUACUUGAUUUAAAACGUCGUUAUUUAUUCAAGUUUCAUGUGUGUUUUUUUUGUUUUUUGUUUUUUUAUUUAUUUGAAAAAAGAACAACGCAUGUAUUUUAAAUUUACGUACCUUUUAUUUUUUAGUAAUUUAUUUGUACAUAGAAAAUUUAUUUUGUUGUUGUUAUUAUUAUUGUGAUGCUUGAAGAUUGUGUGUAUAAUGUUGUAUGUAUUAUGUACUAUGUAAUGUACCUCUACCUAUACGUUACGUAAAUUUCUUCUUCGUUACUGUUAUGAUUGUUGAUGAUUUUGUUGUUUACUUAAAGGUUACAGUAUAUGAGUAUAUACGUACCUUUACCUACGUAUAUUAUAGAGUUAUGUGUACUUUUAUGCAAGACGUUUUACGCGUAUCAUUUACCACCUACCUUUACCCAAGUAAAUUAUUUCUCACUUCUCAGUUUUGAAAACACUGUAUUCAUUCUGGUAGGUACCUACCUACGUGAGUAAACAAUUUUAAUAACAUCGUCUCCAUAUUGUAGGAGUACGUAGCAUGCAGUAUAUACUUACUUUUGUCGUAGUUGUUUUUCGUAAUCAUCAUCCUAUAAAUAAAUUCAGUCAGGGUACAUGGUACAUGGUACAUGGUACGCGUAAAAUGGCUCGUUAUACUCGACAAGAUAGUAGCGUGGUUGGGUAACAGGGUGGAAGGGUUCGUAUUACGUGAUACGAAAUUUUCUCAGCGUAUACUCGAAUGAAAAAUCUCCGCCAGUCGUCGCAUUACCGACGAGAAAACGAGUGUAAAAAGUAAAUGACGAAAGAGAUUGUUAAGGUAUACUAUAUUGUGUUUGUUGUUGUGAGACUGCGGAUAAAAUUUUCUCUCAUAUACGAAAGUCGAGACCUUGAAAAUUUUUUGCCAUAUUUUUACUCUAUGCGCAGCGAAUUUCUCGUUUAUUUUUUUUUACUUUUUAAAUAAGUAAAAAUACCUACGGUUAACUGUUUGUUAUAAUUUUCAUAGGAUAACGAAAAUUUUUGAAAUGAGAUUUCGGUAUACUUACCUACGUACUUAUUUAAUGUAAUAUUUUUCUUAAAUUAAUUUUUCUUACGUAUCUACUUGAUAAAUGUAAUAUUUCCAGCUUGGUUUGUCGAUUGCGAAAUGAAAAAAUAAUGGAAAGGAUUUUUAUUUUUAAACAAUCCUGCAGUUCAAUAUUUUUACUUCAUGGUUCGUUUCGAUGAGCUGAAUUCUUAUACUACGUGUAAAUUAUGUAUCUAUAUCUAUUUUGAAUGAUUUGAUAAGUCUAAGUGUUAAGUAUAAUAUUAUGUACAAAUAACGACGAUGAAUUUUAUUAUUGUCGACGAUCGUAAGAUCGUACUAUUCGCCAUGUUAGAUUAAAUUAUUGUGUUGCAUUCGAGACGCGUUCAUAUUUAAAAGUUAUAAACUUAUUCGUAUUGAAAUGUCCUCAGAACUUCUAUAAAAUUAGGUUUAAAUAAUUGUGUAAACUGUUUGAUCUUUUUUUUUUUUUUUUUUUUUUUAUUAAAAAUAUGUAGAAGGAAUAGAUGGAUAUUUUCAAAUCAAUUUUUGAAACUUCCCAUCACUUUCUGGUGAAAAAAUGACACAAUUUUUUUCUCUGAAAUGACAUUUUUUUGAAGAUUAUUGAAUCUGAGAGAAACGAAGGAGAAGUGGAGGCUUUGCAAGAAAGUUACCUACGAAUGUUUUUUAAUCUUUUUUUUUUUUUUUUUUUAAUUUAUUUAUUUCAGUUAUUUGAUUUGAAUUUUAGGAAAUAAUAAAUCAUUUCACAUAUGAAGCUGAAAAAUGAAAAAAUUAUCUUCUUUGAUGACUGCAGAGCAAUUGAAAAUUUUCGACGAUCAAUCUAAAGGACGGAAAAUUGGAAUAAGGGUAAGGUGCCCGAAUGUCGACCAGUCGCCUAAAUCCGACCACAAGCCUAUCUCGCCCACUAAUGCCUUGAAAAUUCGGAAAAAAAUAUUUUCGUAUGUAUUUUUCACAGAAAAAACGAUUAAGACCAAAAUCACAACCCAAAAGCCAAAACUCGCGAAAAUAUAGCUAAAAAACGAAAUUCAAAAAGUCAAAAUUAACUUUUCCCGCAACUUCAAUCCCCUGUUGCGCAAAUGUGUGAUUUCUCGUGAAAAAAGUUUUAAUUAUUUUUUAAAGUACAAAGUUCGACGAAUAAAAGCCGAUAAUCAGUUUUUGGAUCGAUGAAAGGUAAGUCCGAUAAAUUUUCCAUCAAAUUUAUUUUCAUCGAGUGCCCUAAUUCCGACCACCAAUGAUUUGGCUAUAUAUUUGAAAUUUUUAUUUUCCUGGAUUUUCGAAAAAAAUGCCAAAACGUAAAAAAUGGUAUGCUGAUGCAAUGAACAAAGCUGUAAAAGCUGUAAGAAAACGAGAAUAAGGGUAUUUAAAAGCAUCUAAACAAUUUCCAAGUGUUUCAAAUGGGGACAUGAGAUUUGUGAUGCGGGGUCAGAAAAAUGUAAAAAAAAAUUGAAUAUUUGUUCCCCUUUGCUUAAAUAAUUAAUUGCCUUUCUAUUUGUGUCAUUUCAAUUAAUAAACAACGAUGUUGACAUAUUAUUUACCAUCUUUUUUUCAAUUUUUUUGGGGUGGUCGGAAUUAGGAUACCAUUUUUGCGAUUUUCAAUUUUCUCACUUUUUGGAAAAAACGCCAUGAAAAAUCAGCGGGGGGGUUUUAGGUUUAGUGACUUUAGGGCAUUAAACUAGAGGCAUGUGGCUAUCAUUUGAGCCAUUGUGCGCGAACCUAGGUCAAUUACAGGUCUUUUUAUUCCAAAAAUAAACUAGGUGGUCGACAUUCGGGCACCUUACCCUUACAUGGUGUAUAUAUAGAUCAAAUUUUGAUGUUUUUCGAUUACAUGUUUAUAAAAAUUCAAAAAGUUCAAUUUAUUACCAAAAAAUUCUCAUCGUUGGUGAUUUUGAAUAUUUUUUUCAUAAAGUAGUAUUUAUCAGAUUUCAACAAUAGGAAAUUUUAUUUGUCAAUUUCAAUCUUCAACCGAUUUGUGAAAAAGGUCAGUCACAAAUAACUGCUCAUUUCAAUCAGUGAUGUGCACUUUUGACCAUUUACCAACUUAUUCAACUAACCCUCCUCCUCACUUUCUCCUUCUAAUCAAACUAUGCAAUGUGAACGCGUCUUUAUUAUUCUAUUGAAUAUACAAUGUGAUUUAUUUAUCGAUUUAAUAAUUUAUUUCUAGCUCAUAAUACUUUAUUUAUUUAUCCCAUAAGUAUUUAUUUUUUAUUUAUAAGUACCCAUUUGUGUAUGUACUUGACGAUGAAAAAAAAAAAGGAACAAUAACCAAUUAUUUAUUUUUGUACGUGCAGUGUAAUUUCAUAAACAUCGUCGAGAGAGAAAUGAAAAAUUAAAAACGGUAAUAAAAUUAAAUUACUAA